AUGCUCCCGGCCGGAUACCUGACGCCCGUCGAACAGCGACCGAACCCCGAUCAAGAGCGCUACAAGGUGUGCCACGCCCUGCACAACGCCGAUCUCCCUUGCGUCGUCUUCUUCGAGGACGCGAUCGCUUACCACGGCGUGCCUUCGUGCUUGUUCGACCUGUACCUCCUCGUCAGCGACGUUCAAGCCGCUGCCGAAGUGCUAGCUAAGGACGCCGCCUGGGUGCACACCGAAAAGAGGAAGAACAAGAUUGGCAACUCCACCGUCGACGUGCCCCAGAUUCGCCUCGGACCGCCUAGUGACUCUAGUGAUACCGCUACCUUGUUCCGAGUCACGCAUGUUGUGCUGCUCAGAGCUGCGGACUGGUUCUACGACCUGCAUGACGCAGAGGCGACAUUCUUCCCUCCUCUCGUGCCUCUGCUGAACGCAUUCUAUCGAGUCCUCUUUGAGGGCACGCAAAAACAGCGGCGCUGGACGAGUCUCCAGCUCAGUUAUCUCCACGGCCACACGUUGAACUGGAGGAACUGGAAAGAUCAGCCCCGUAUAUCCCUCAAGGAGCUCGCGGAGCCCGCACGACCGGUUCACCAGGACUAUCGAGAUGGAUACAGCUUCGCAGAGGCAAUGAGGCGCCAGACCCUCGUUCGCGAUGGCAAAGCCGAACCGGGCAGGUUGGGGACGGAUUUCCCACCCAACCCCGAUUAUGAGAGCAGGUAUGGCGUCCUCCCCGGACCAUGGUCCUGGCAUCCGUAG